CCACCGUUUCCCUCAACAACAAUGCAUCAUCAACUCUUGUUUCUCUCCAUAGAUCCAUGGCCACUUUCACAAGAACAAAGCCUCAUCUUAAUGUUGGCACCAUUGGGCAUGUAGAUCAUGGAAAAACCACAUUAACUGCUGCCAUUACAAAGGUACUAGCUGAUGAAGGUAGAGCGAAGGCCAUUGCUUUUGACGAAAUCGACAAGGCUCCUGAGGAGAAGAAGAGAGGAAUUACUAUUGCUACAGCUCAUGUUGAGUAUGAGACCUCAAAGAGGCAUUAUGCCCAUGUUGAUUGCCCGGGACAUGCAGACUAUGUUAAGAACAUGAUUACUGGAGCUGCACAAAUGGAUGGUGGAAUCCUCGUGGUUUCUGCUCCAGAUGGUCCAAUGCCUCAAACAAAGGAACAUAUACUCCUCGCUCGUCAGGUUGGUGUGCCAUCACUGGUAUGCUUUCUAAAUAAAGUUGAUGCUGUUGACGAUCCAGAGUUACUUGAACUUGUCGAAAUGGAGCUUCGUGAACUACUUAAUUUCUAUAAAUUUCCCGGGGAUGAUAUCCCAAUUGUGAGAGGUUCAGCUCUGUCUGCCUUGCAAGGGACUAAUGAAGAACUUGGAAAGAAAGCUAUCUUGAAACUAAUGGAUGCUGUCGAUGAAUAUAUUUCUGAUCCAGUCCGGCAGCUAGACAAACCUUUUUUAAUGCCAAUCGAAGAUGUUUUCUCUAUUCAGGGGCGUGGAACUGUUGUCACUGGCCGUAUUGAACAAGGUACUAUCAAAGUUGGUGAAGAGGUUGAAAUAUUAGGACUAACAAAGAGUGAACCUUUGAAGACCACCGUAACUGGUGUCGAAAUGUUCAAGAAAAUAUUGGAUCGAGGGCAAGCUGGUGAUAAUGUAGGACUUCUUGUACGAGGACUAAAACGAGAUGAUGUGCAGAGAGGAAUGGUUAUUACGAAGCCUGGUGCAUUGAAAACAUAUAAGAAGUUUGAAGCGGAGAUUUAUGUCCUGUCAAAAGAUGAAGGUGGCCGUCAUACCGCUUUUUUCUCUAACUAUAUGCCUCAGUUUUACCUGAGGACUGCAGACAUUACUGGAAAGGUGCAGUUACCUGAAAAUGUCAAGAUGGUUAUGCCUGGUGAUAAUGUCACCGCAACUUUUGAGCUGAUAUUACCUGUUCCUCUUGAAUGCGGACAAAGAUUUGCUUUGAGAGAGGGAGGUAGGACAGUUGGUGCAGGAGUCGUCUCCAAAGUGAUUGCCUAGAAUGUUGAUCUGGAGUACACAAAGUUUUUAUCCAGUAAUUUGUAAUUA